GAGUGUCUACUACUUUGAGGCACCAGUGCUGAUUACAGCCUCUUCCACUCUGUUAUAGCCAGGCAUAUUUGCCUUGUGCGCCUCUGGAUUCACAGUAACACAAUUGUUCAAAGAUCCAAAAUAGAGUCUUUUCAGAGAACACAACAGUCUUCACCAUCAAGGCUAGAGGAUUGCCAUAAUAGGAACUUCCCAUCUCCAUGUCCCGCUAAAUACACACAUGAUAUCAAAAAUAUGAUCAAGAUUAUUUCUAGCUUUGUUUUCUCUAAAAAUUAAAAUCAUUAUCCAACCCAAGAGAAGAGAAGAAUUCAAUUAUACAUAAAGGGUUUAUCAAUUUUGUUUAUCGGAAAGAAGCAUACAUCUCUUUGCGUUGAAAUUGUGGAAUUCUUAACCAAUACUCCAUUUGAAUUGCGACGGGUAACCUUUGGGCUAGUGAGCAGUGGCUGGGGUAACAAGCAAAUAACCCAAAGCCCAGAAGUUCACUUGGGUUAUACAACUGGGUUUAAAGGCCUAGAUUUAAAUGUUACUGGUGGUUGACUUUAUGGUGUUUUCAAAUUACGGAGAAAAAAGGAUCACUGCCCAAAAGACUCUGAUUCUCUGCUCUGGGGUCAACACGAAUGAUUGCAAUUACUUCGUUUCUUUGUGUUUUCUCCGUGCUCAAAGCAGAUAUAGCAGUUAACUUAACAGAUGGAAUGUUCAAAGGAAUCUACAAUGGGAAGCAGCACCAUGUAGCCGAUGUAGCUACUGUGCUGAACAGGGCUUGGAGCGCUGGUGUUGAUCGGAUAAUUUUGGAUUUGUGGUCACAGGUGACUGGUGGGUCACUUGAGGAGUCGAAAGAAGCUCUGGCCAUUGCAGAGACUGAUGGAAGGCUCUUUUGUACGGUCGGGGUCCACCCUACGAGGUGCAAGGAGUUUGAAGAAAAUGCAGAUCCAGAGCAGCAUUUUCAGGCUCUUCUCUCAGUGGCCCAAGAGGGAAUUCAGAAAGGGAAGCAGAGAUUCAGAAAAAGUAAGUCAUUGCUGGUGGAAAUGCUUCUAGGGGACUACAUCUGUUUCUUGUCACCUUGUUGCCUGUUUUCAUCUGAUCAAGUAUUCAAGUGUUUUCCUGCUUGCAACUGUUAUCCAUGUGGAAAAUGUAGGUAUUUUGAGAAGCAGUUUGAAUUAGCAUAUGCCAUAAAGCUGCCUAUGUUCCUCCAUAUGCGUGCAGCUGCUGAAGAUUUCUUAGAAAUUGUGGAGUGCAACAGGGAUAAAUUCAUUGCUGGGGUCACUCAUUCAUUUACUGGCAGUGUGGAAGAUUGUGAUAAACUUCUCUCAUUCAAUAAUAUGUACAUAGGUGUAAAUGGUUGCUCUCUGAAGAUGAUUGAGAACCUUAAUGUCGUUAAGGGUAUUCCUGUUGAGAGAAUGAUGAUCGAGACAGAUUCUCCAUAUUGUGAAAUCAAAAACACUCACGCAGGAAUUAAUUUUGUAAAAUCAUUGUGGCCCUCAAAGAAGAAAGAGAAGUAUGAUCAGGACUGCAUUGUCAAAGGCCAGAAUGAGCCUUGUUUAGUUCGGCAACUUCUUGAGGUUGUGGCUGGCUGUAAAGGUGUCAAUGACAUAGAUCAAAUAAGCAAGACCAUUUAUCGCAACACCUGUAGGGUUUUCUUUCCCCAUGACUUGGAUUCCGCUGAUGAUGCUCUUCUUGCUGGUUGUCAUGAUUCCUGAUUUUUUUUUUAAAGAAAAAUUUGUUGAAGUGGGAGCCAUAGUGAGGCUUUAUCAUCUACGGAUUCAGACUAGGAGGUUUACAUGUUUUUUCCCCCGUUUGGUGACUUUUUUUUUUUUUUGGUUCGGGUCUUUUACUUGGUUGAAUUCUUUUUCCAAUUGUAUAACUGAGAGUGGAGAUUGAAUUGCACCAUUUGUUUUGAAAGAAAAAAUUUGAAAUGUUCUUGUUGAUCCCAACUGGCUACUAAUUAAAGUUACUUGACAAUUGACAUCAAUAGUUGUUGCUUAGGCUAGAGGAAGACAGAUGUGUGUGAUAUGUACCAAAGAAAAAUGGCAAGAUAGAAAUUGCUUCAAACUAAGUUAUCGACAAUGAAAACUCCAUUGCAAUGAACAUUUACAAGAGAUUGUUGACCCAUCCAUCCUUCUAGCAAGAUUAGUCUAGAAAGUUGGGCAAAAUGCAGGAAUAGUUAAUGUCUUAGGAUAUGGGCAACAUUGUACAUCUAAUCUAGAAUUCUAUACCACAUUACAGUUUCACUUGAGUUAAAGCUUGAAACAGAAACAAGCAUCUUGCAGCACAAGAUUUGCUAAAUCAUUCCCAUCAAUGGAUUGUUCUCCAAUAACUAAAAGAUUAGAACACAAUGCAGGCAGCAAACUAGAAGGAUACUUCUCAGCACGCCAUUUAAAAUCUUGUACAAUCUAGGGCUUCAUAACUCAAAAGUGCACGACAAGGACUGCUUUUGAUUAACAUUCUUGUUAUCUAAUUUGCAGGAAUCCUUUGUAAAGGACAGGGGAGCUGUGAAAGACAAAAAGAACCGUAAGGAUCAAAAUCUGCAAGUGGAAUGCUAUAUUUUCUCAUAAUGCCCUCUGAUGCUUCAUUUAACAGCAAAUAGCUACACUAUGUUUCACUCAGGAGCCAAUGCUAGAAAGCAAUUCACUGCUGUCAAGAUUAUCUUCUGUAUUUGCUUCUAGAGUUGCAGCCAAAUUCAAUCUCACAGGACGCCCUUCCACCUCCUGUUCGUGAAAUAACAGAGAUGAUCACAAGAAUUUAAAUUUCAAAUGUGCAAAAUCAAUAGCCAACUCAGUCUUACCACUCCAUUCAUGGCAUUUAGAGCAGCUUCUGCAUUUUCAACAGACUCAAAAGAGACGAACCCAAAACCUCGAGAUCUUCCUGCGUCUCUCUCAUAGAUGACUUUGGCAAUUAAUAAACCUGGUUGGUUUGCAAAAGCAUCUCUUAGACCUUGAGAUGUGAGGCCCCAACCAAGGUUUCCUGCAUAGAUCUUGUGUGGACUGUCUACAAAGCCUUUCUAGGAGCUCCGAAUCCUUGAAGCCAUUACUUCCUUCUCAUCUCCCUUUGGCGCUUCUGGGAAGUUCACCCUCACAGUCUGCCUCCAAUUUCCUGUUGAUCAUCAACAACAGUAAAAGAUUACCAUAUUCAUCUUCACAUUUGGUGCUCAAUUAACAGUGAUCCAAAUAUAAACAUGGUUCCAGCUUCUGCUAAAUGUUGAAGCCCAUGCACUCGCACAUACAUAAGCAGGUGCAAAGAAAGAUUCAAAACUCCAAGUGCGAGUAAGGAUCUAUGGAGCUCAGUUAUGCUCAACUGCCCGCAUCAGGAUACCACUUCCACAAAAUAACUUUACGGCAAUGGCAUGUAUACAAACAUGACAAAUCACAGUCUGGAUAUUUCUCAUCAAAUGUAGCAGUAAUAUUACUAGCUGGUGUAUAUGUAUAUAAGCUGAUUGCUCUA